UGAAGCCGAAGAAGGAGAAGACGACAACAACGAAGGGGCACAGUUUCACGCACUCAUGAAACUUCUGCUGUGGAUGUUGUAUCCAGGCUCCACUUUCACGUAAACCAAGUACGCCCGGCACUUGGACCGUCUGUUGGUGGUCACUCAUUGGGGAAACAUGUAUCACGGUCGGCCUCCACCGAGGGGACCUUACCCGCCAUCUUUCGAGGGCCGCGGCCGACCGCCAUUGCAGGCUUACCCACAACCGGGCCGCAGAAUGAUCCGAGACAGACCUCCACACCAUUCCGAGCCUUACCCACCACCAGGCCGAGGCAGACCUCCACACUACUCCGAGCCUUACCCACCACCAGGCCGAGGCAGACCUCCACACUACUCCGAGCCUUACUCACCACCAGGCCUCGGCAGACCUCCACACCACGACCUCGGCUAUCCGGACCACCGGCGCUCGCCGCCGCACGGAAAACACCCUCCUUCGCCCUCAAGAGACUACCAUGGUCGAGGGCACUCGUCCGGAUCUCCGCACCGAGAGAGGUCUCACUCGCCCCGCUUGGGGGAUCCCAUCGACCACGACCUCGUCAUCACCGUUGGCAACGAGCUCACAGGCUCCACCUCGCAUCACCACGACAGGGACCUACACCGCAAGUAUGAGCACAGUCACAGCCGAGAGCGAAGUCCGGACCGGAGCCGGGCAAAAAGUCGAGGACGCAGCAAGAGCCGGGCGAGGAGCAAGAGUCGCAGUUUGGACCGCAGCCGGGCUAAGAGCCGGGGUCGCAGUAAGAGCCGCCCUCGCCUCAGGUCUAGAUCCAGGUGCAAAUCUAGAUCCAGGUCCAGAGGGAGGAGCCAUGGUCGGUCCUCGCCAAGUCGGAACCGCAGCAAAAGCAGGAGGAGUCGAAGCAGUUCCAGUGGCAGAGACUUUAACCAGCAGCGAGGCGUUGGCCGCAGGACAGCGCUGGAGGACACCUGUAGUCUGCCCACCAGGUCCAUACUAAAGAAACACGGCGAAAACGAAGACUCGCCAUCACUAAGGAGCACAGACUCGCCGAGAGGGGCGGCGGGGUCCACCAUUUCUACCGUGGCCGAGCAACUGCUGCAGGCUUGCAGAGGGAUGGAGCCGGCCGCCAUGGCAUCCAUGUUGGUGCAGCUGCAGUCCGACCCGCUGAUCGCUCAGAGUGUGGACAUCAAGGAGAUCGUCGACCUACUGGACGCCGGCAUGAGCGUAAGAGCAGAGAGCCCAGAAAAGACGGCGGCGGACAUGGACGACGAGGAGAAGUUCCUAUACGGGGAGUCUUUGGAGCCCAAAUAUUCGGCGCAGUCUCAGCCGGCCCAGAGCCACACGUUUGAUCUUUACGAGGACAUAACGGAGGAGGCACUGUACAGCGAUUAUCUGCCUCGCUCCGCCUCCCCCAAGUAUUGCACCCCGCCUGUGGCUUUGCCCCACCUCCAGGCACCUUCUACCACCAGCGACGUGGACGCCAUCUGGCCUCCCUCCGGCCUCAAGCCCAACAGCGCCGCCCCGGCGUCUUCUGCCCCCGAGUCACAAGAAGUGAGGCUCAAGCAGGAUUCGGACUCGGACAAGUACCACAACAUCCAGGACUUGCUGAAAACCAUUGGCUUGGACCUCGGCGUGACCGAGAUAACUAAAAUGGCUGCCAGGACCAAGGAGCGGCUGGAGGGAAACGAGCCCGCCCGCAAAAUGCAGACGAAGCGCAGACGCCGCUCGUCCAGCAGCUCGGAGGACAGCCGCAGGAGGCGGAGCCACAGUAGUAGUAGUAGCAGCAGCAGCAGCAGCUCGGGCUCCAGCGGCGCCGCCGCCGCCAAAGAGUCGCAACAGCAAGCGUCCGACACUAUGACGGCACCGCCCGUGCUGCCCGUCCCCUCCUACCCACCACAGGUGCACACCAUGAUGCCCGCCGGCUACGGCCAGUAUGGCGGCUUCAUGCCAUACACACAGCCACAGUGGUCGCCCAUGUACCCGGCCACCAACAACUUCCACCCCUCCCUGCCAUACAACCAGCCGUACGACCAACAGCCACCCCCCCAGCGCAAGGUCAAAGCGUCUCCCGUCCUCGUCCAGGUGUCGGAGCUGGAAAACAAUGAGAGCGAGAAGCAGAAGGUACUCGAGGAGCGGGAGAACCUGAAACGGGAGCGGGACAUGCGGAUGAAAAGGAAGGAAUACCUCAUGAAAGAAUUGGAGGAGCUACGCAAGCAGCAAGGUGAGCUGCUGAGGAAGAAGAGCCGAGUGAAAGACGGCCACAAAGACCCGCUGCUGCAGGAGAUCGGCCGCCUGCAGGAGGACAUCAUCGAACAGAUCUCCAACCUCCGCAAGGAGCACGAGGCCGCCGUGAAGAAACAGAGUGAGAUCGACAAAGUGGCGCUCACCCUGGGGCUGAGCACUUCCGAUCGCCCUCAGAGGCUGGCUGACACGCAGGAGGACAACGCCUGGCAGCCCCGCAGCAAAAUGCAGGUGAUCGAGCACAGCCCUGGACGCCAACAAGAUGGCAGCAUUUCUCAGAAGCAGAAAGUCCCGGAACCCAAGCCUCCGGUCAUUUCACAGACUCCGCCCCCUGACCCUUUUGAGUACUACGACGCCGGCAACCACUGGUGUAAAAACUGUAACACCACCUGCGGCUCCAUGUUUGAUUUUUUUACCCACUUGCACAGCAAAACACACCGGAAGAUGCUGGACCCUUACCACAGGCCUUGGGCUUUGUCGCCGUCCAAAGUCCUUCAGAGCAAACCACCAACAGAAGAGAAGCUAACAAAACCAGCCAAAGGUUCCGAGUUCCUGCUUCCUGUCCGUGGAUUUUUCUGUCUGCUGUGUGAGAAGUUCUUUGGAGACGCCAUCUGUGCAGAAGAGCACACCACCACUCACUUUCACAAUGACUGCUACAAGAAAAAAAUGUACGAGAAUCCGCUGUACGAGCAGAGAAGGAACCUGGACCGGCAAGCCGGGCUGGUUGCGGACGUGACUGCAAAGAAGCUGGAGAAGGACAAGAGCGGCAAAAAGAAAGCCAAGAAGGAAAAACAAGAUAAAGAGCGUGCAUUAAAAGUGGAAAAAGAAGAAGAGAAGGUGAAAGCUCUAAAGAUAGAGGAAGAAUUCAAAAUUACCAAUACUCGAGAUGAGCACAGUCCAUGUCUCAGCAAGAAAUUUGAGGAUGAAAAGUAUGAGUCCAAGAAGGACAAGUACUACCCUGAUAGAGAGGAAGACGUCAGGCUUAAGUACAGCAGGAGGGAUGAGAAGGAGCCAGGUAUCCGUUGUUAUCGACAUCACAGACAGGAAGAGGACAAGCACGACCGACGGCCCCGAUACGACCUGAGAGACGAGGACAAGCACAAAUUUGCCAAAUAUUCCGAGGGCUCUUCCAAACACGAGCGUGAACGAAAAGUCAAGAGUGUGGAGAAGGACACGUCGAACAAAAGCCCAGCUACGCCAGAAGCAAACAAGCAACCGAAGCCUUACGAUCCGCCCAAAGUCAUGAGUGGACCGAGUCCGGCAAUGAGAGCUAAACUCCGCAAGCAAAGCUUGGAAGCCACCAAGCACGCGGCUGUGACCUCGGCGCCUACCUUUGGGAGGUUUACUUGGAAGAAAAAAGAGAGUCAACUGGCUUUGGAUGCCAAGAAAGAGGCCGCCCAGUUCAUCAAAGAGGAGGAAGAAGCCUUGAAAAAAGCCAAAGCCACGAACAUAGCUGACAAUAGUUCCCCUGGUGACACUUUUGCAAAGUCUGUAGCCCUCGCCCAAGAGCUCGCUCAAAAGAUGUGUGAGGAUAGAAGCACCAUGCCUUGGGCGUCAAAGGGGGUCAAACAAUCUCAGAUCCGACCCAACUUUCCUGUCCCAGAGACUAAACCUUUUCUCGCAUCUUGUAAUACGAAGUUCGGUCCUCCUCCCCCUGUGUCUCAUCCUGCCCCACUUGUUAAUAAAUCUCUGCAACGGUUUCCGACUCCUCAUGUCCCACUUGUGUCUCAAUCUGUGCAGAGGUUUUCUAGUACUCUUGGCCCAACUGUGUCUAAAUCUCUGCAACAGUUUUCUUGUUCUACUGGCCCAGCAGUCCCCAGACCAGUUCUGACUGUGUCUCAGCCUGCCUCGUUAGUCCCCAGCCUCGCUCCCGCUGUGUCUCAGCCUGCCUCCUCAGUCCCCAGCCUAGCUCCGCCUGUGUCUCAGCCUGCCUCCUCAGUCCCCAGCCUAUCUCUGACUGUGUCUCAGCCUGCCUCCUCAGUCCCCAGACGAGCUCCGACUGUGUCUCAGCCUGCCUCCUCAGUCCCCAGCCAAGCUCCGACUGUGUCUCAGACUGCCUCCUCAGUCCCCAGUCUAGCUCCGACUGUGUCUCAGCCUGCCUCCUCAGUCCCCAGCCAAGUUCCGACUGUGUCGCAGCCUGCCUCCUCAGUUUCCAAAGCAUCUCCACCCGUAUCUUUAUCGCUAACUAGUCCUGAUCCGAAACUGUCAGGGGUUGAGCCAUUGGUGGCUGACCCAAUUCCCCAAGAAUCGAAACCCAACACGGCAGACGCCGCUCCAUUUGAAACAUUAACUAACGAGCCAGAUGUGGCAGCUCCCGGUGUCCCCGAGAGUGAACAGACUCAGGCCGUGUUUGUCAAGCCCCCACCAUUCAUCAACACAAGUGAAGGAUCUAAGAGGUCUGAUAAACCAAAAAGUAACCUGGCUGCAGCCAAAGCCCAGGACUUAUUUGGCAUCUUCUACAGCAGCACAAACAAGCUAGGACUUUUGUCGUUUACAAAGUCAACUACAGCCAACGGGGGUGAAAAGAGUAGCACCCAGUCCAUUAGCAAUCCUUCUCCAAGCCAACAAGCUCCACAACCUUCCAACACAUCUCAGCAGACACAAAAUGGUAUUCCACAAACCCCAGAACCAGAGUCCCAGUUGGAUAUUCACAUUGAAUCUGUUUGGUCUUUACAGACUGGCUUGGACUUAGCAUCUGAGAGGGUUCAGAUUCCCCAUGAUCAAGAACCUGCUAAGACAGCACCCACGUCACAAAGUCAGGAACAGGAAAAAACUGUUUCCAAACCCAAAAUACACAAUGAUACCCUAAUUCAAGACCUUCCAGAACGUGCUAGGAUAGCACCCACGUCACAAAGUCAACAUGAAGAAAAAAACGUCUCUGAAACCAAACUACCCGACGAUACCCCAAUUCAAGACCUUCCCGAACCUGCUAAGAUAAUACCCACGUCACAAAGUCAGGAACAGGAAAAAAUUGUUUCUGAAUCCAAAAUACACAACGAUACCCCAAUUCAAGACCUUCUAGAAACACCUCCAGUAACGGAUCAUGAAUCCACACCUUGUCCUAGAUCUCAAGGAAAAAACGCUCAAAAGAGAAGUCCUCCCGUUCGCACCACCCCUGUACGACAAACACGAUCCAAAACCAGAUCCCAGACCAAGCAGCAGCAUUUUCAUGUCCAGUCAGAUCCAGAGCCGGCCUUGGGAGUUUCUGACUUAAACAUUGUGGAAUUCUCGGAUCACGACUCUGGGCCACAUCAAGCAUGCAAGGAGAUUCCCGAAGCAAUGGAAACAUCUGAAAAUGUGGACAUGUCCCUUCCAGACUCCCAGUUGACUUUGAAUUAGACGGGGUGGGACUGAGAAUCCGGGAUGAUGAAUUCGGUCCAGGAUCAUAGAUUCACAGGUUGAAACUUUUGUCUGCUAAAAAUAGCUGCUUUUGGAACGCUCUUACUUUUGAUCCGAGAUUCCAUUCUAGUUUUUCCUCGGUUAUACAGGGAUUAGUCCGGUCCUGACAGAAACCCAUUCAGUGUUUUUUUAUUUCAUUUAAAAAAGAAAACAUUUGGCAUUCCAAAGUUGUAAAGAAAGUAGAGGAAGACUCCAAGUCAGGAUGGUUCCCCGUCUAGUUCUGCUUCAUUUAAUCGGCGUAGCUUCUGCCUCACGCUCGCUCGGAAAUUUGCUCAGACUGCAUUUUUCUGCUGGUCUGACACGGGAUGCAUGCCCACUUAGUCCAGGACCUUGGCGUGUGCUCAAUCCGCAGAUGAAAUCCCUCAGUGUACAUAAUUCACAACCGUUUGUCUAAAGUUGUUUUUAUUAAAAGUUCCUUUGAGGAAAAA